AUGAGUGGUUUUGGGUUGGAUCCUAGCAAUGGACGUGUCACAGCUGAUAUACUAGCUUGGGAGGAGUAUCUUAAGGGAAAACCAGAAUUCGGAAAGUGGAGGACGAAACUUUGUCCUCGUUACGACGAUUUGGAGGCUAUCUUUGGAAAUGAUUCUGCUACAGGAGAUCGCGCUGUAAUGACAACUUCUCCCCCAUUCAUGGUAUGUAAAAUAUCAAUUGAUGAUGUAGAAGAUGUUUGUGAUGAUGACUUAGAAAGUAGCGAUGAUGAGGUUAACCCUACACAUGUUGAUGUACCUGAAGAUGAAACUCCGAAUGCUCAAAUAUCUUUCAUAGCUCAUGAAGCAUGGUCUAGUAACAGGAAUACAAUUGCUGAUUUAAUGUGGGCUGAUUAUCAUCCCAACCAGAAUGCAACAGUUGAUUUCGAUUGA